GUAUUGCAAAUCCCAUAAUUCUUUGUCCAUCCUCCCCCAAAGUGCCGCAGCAUGUAAAGUGUGUUAUUUGGGAUAUGUGUGCCAAGUUUGGAUCAGUUCUGUUGUUCCUGCCAGUUACAAUGGUCUCAGGAAGCGAGUGAAGGUACUGCAAAUCCCAUCAACUGUGCACAUGCUCCUUUAAACCAUACCAGGACGUAAAAUAGGACCCAUAGGGUCUGUGUGCCAAAUUUUGUCCUUCUCCAUCAUUGGUGGGAGUCACAGUGGUCCGUGAGAGCCGAAGCAAUUUAAAGUACUGUUGUAAUUACUGUAUUUACAAAUUUAGCACCAAAGUAUCAUGAUAUAUUGAAAACAUUGACUACAAAAAUGGCUUGGAUUAUCCAGAGGCUUGGAUAAGCGAGGCUUGGAUUAGUGAGACUCUACUGUAUUAUUAUUAUUUUAUAAUGACACAGCAAACGAGAUCUAUAUGCUGGAUUUCGUAUCACAAAAUCACAAGUCGAACACGUGUGUCUAGGACUGUGUGAUGUAUUUUCGGAUGAUGCGUGCAGAUCCCAGUAGGGUGGCCUUUUGCAGUUGGCAAAAUAUUAAUAUUAUUAUUAUUAUUGUUAUUAUUAUUCAUUUCCCUGCCCCUUUCUUUCCCCGCCAGACGCAGCCUGCAUCCUUUGCUCUGCAUUCUUCCAGAAUCAGGCCUCUUGCUUUCUGCCCUUCCUUUGGUUCCCAUCCUUUAUUAAGAAGGUGAAAUCAUCAUUCAAGGGGGCCAUUUUCUAGCUGGCUUAUUUUAUUUUAAUGGAAGGCAGCGCCAUAAACGGUUAGGUGAAAGAAAUGGUGCGGCAGUGGCUGCUUGCACGGCUGUCACACCCCUCUGGAAAGCAUCUUCUUCCCGGUGUGUCUUGGGGUCAGCGCUUUCUGCGCAUGGAAGCAUCCCCUCCUCCUUUCCUUCCUUCCUUCCUUCCUUCCUUCCCUCCAUCCAUCCCUCCUUCCUUCCUUCCUCUUGCCUUGUCUUCCCUUCUUCCCACCAGAUCGAGAUAUAUAUAUAUAUAUAUAUAUAUAUAUAUAUAUAUAUAUAUAUAUUCCGCCAUCCUUCCUCUGCUCCCUUUGCCGUGACCAGGCAAACCUCAAUGCCCACGCGCCAUAGAAGCGUUAUGUAUCGGACCUGAUGCGCCCCUGUGAAGGCCUGCGGAGCUCUCCCGACUUCCGAGCUGCUGUCGUUUCCAUUGGAAGUUCAUCUCCUGCAGCGAUAACUGGGCAACCACCUGGAUUUCCUCAACGUUCUGGAAACAAUGGGGAUCGGCAAAAACACCAUGUCUAAAUCCGUAGAAACUGGAAGUCCCACCGAAGGGAAAUACGAGGAGGAAUCCAAGCAUCCUGCCUUCUUCACGUUACCGGUUGUAAUCAAUGGCGGCGCAACCUCGACCGUCGACCAAGACACAGAAGACACGGAGCUGAUGGCGAUCUACACCACGGAAAACGGCAUUGCGGAGAAGAGUUCUCUGGCCGAGACGCUCGACAGCAGCGGGAGCUCCGAGGCGCAAAGGAACGACAUGAUCUACACCAUCGAAGACGUUCCCCCCUGGUACCUCUGCAUAUUCUUGGGGUUGCAGCACUACUUGACCUGCUUCAGCGGCACCAUCGCGGUGCCCUUUCUGCUCGCGGACGCCAUGUGCGUUGGGUUUGACCAGUGGGCCACCAGCCAGUUGAUUGGGACCAUCUUCUUCUGCGUCGGAAUCACAACUUUGCUACAAACAACAUUCGGGUGCAGGUUGCCCUUGUUCCAGGCCAGCGCCUUUGCUUUCUUGGCUCCGGCCAGGGCCAUCCUCUCCCUGGACAAAUGGAAGUGCAACAACACAGCCAUAACGGUUACGAACGGAACAACGGAGCUGCUGCACACGGAGCACAUCUGGUACCCCAGGAUACGAGAGAUCCAAGGCGCCAUCAUCAUGUCCUCCCUGAUCGAGGUGGUCAUUGGCUUCCUGGGCCUGCCGGGCGCCCUCCUGCGCUACAUCGGGCCGCUGACCAUCACUCCGACCGUGGCGCUCAUCGGCCUCUCGGGCUUCCAGGCGGCCGGGGAGAGAGCGGGCAAGCACUGGGGCAUCGCCAUGCUAACGAUUUUCCUGGUGCUGCUGUUUUCUCAAUACGCUCGGAACGUCAAGCUCCCGCUGCCCAUCUACAAGUCCAAGAAAGGAUGGACGGCCUACCGGUUGCAGCUCUUCAAAAUGUUCCCUAUUAUCCUGGCCAUCCUGGUCUCGUGGCUGCUGUGCUUCAUCUUCACGGUGACCGACGUCUUCCCGCCCGACAAAACCAAGUACGGCUUCUAUGCGCGCACCGAUGCUCGGCAAGGCGUGCUCUUGGUUGCACCCUGGUUCAAAGUCCCUUAUCCGUUUCAGUGGGGUUUGCCCACCGUUUCGGCGGCCGGCGUCAUUGGAAUGCUGAGCGCGGUGGUGGCGAGCAUCAUCGAGUCCAUCGGGGAUUAUUACGCCUGCGCCAGGCUGUCGUGUGCGCCACCGCCCCCCAUCCACGCCAUCAACAGAGGCAUUUUCAUCGAAGGCCUUUCCUGCGUCUUGGACGGAGUGUUUGGCACCGGGAACGGAUCCACCUCCUCAAGUCCCAACAUUGGCGUCUUGGGGAUUACAAAGGUUGGGAGUCGUCGUGUGAUCCAGUACGGGGCGGCGCUCAUGCUGCUGCUGGGCAUGGUGGGCAAGUUCAGCGCACUCUUCGCCUCCCUCCCCGACCCCGUCCUGGGCGCACUCUUCUGCACACUCUUCGGGAUGAUCACCGCGGUGGGGCUUUCGAACCUGCAGUUCAUCGACCUGAACUCCUCCCGCAACCUGUUUGUCCUGGGCUUUUCCAUUUUCUUUGGCUUGGUCCUUCCCAGUUACCUCCGGCAAAACCCACUCGUUACAGGGAUUGCCAGCAUUGACCAGGUGCUCAACGUCCUGCUGACAACGGCCAUGUUUGUCGGGGGCUGCGUGGCCUUUGUUUUGGACAACACGAUCCCAGGGAGUCCCGAGGAGCGUGGCAUCCGGAAGUGGAAGCGCGGGGUGGGCAAAGGCGGCAAGGGGUCGGCAGCGGCGGACGGGUCGGAGACCUACGACCUGCCCUUUGGGAUGGAGUCCGUGCGCAAGUACCGCUGCUUCUCCUUCCUGCCGGUCAGCCCCACCUUCGUGGGCUAUUCGUGGAAAGGCCUCCGGAGAGGCGGGCGAGGCGGUGGCCCCGCGGACGACGACUCCGAGGCCACCGUAUAGCCCCGGCCGAACCCCCGCCGUCCCCUUUUGUACUCCUGCCUUUUUAUUCCGGAACCAGAGCCAAGGCGUGUUAUAUAUAUAUAUAUAUAUAUCAUUAUUUAAAUAUAUAUAGAGAGAUAGAUACAUAGAUAGAUAAAUAACUUUCCUAUUGUGGACGGUGGUCGCUAUCUAUAAGGUCUCUCUUUUAGUUUCUUUGGGGUUUUUAUUUUUGAUUAUUACUGUUAUCUUUGCAAGACAGAGUCCGCCUGUUCAAUCCGGACCUUCGUGGUCAGCUGCACCCGGACUGGCCGUCCCCCCCGUCCGGGCGAUACAUUCCAGGCUUUGUUGAUUUGUUUGUGAACAUUAGUGCAUUGUUUACAUCCUAACCUUCCUGUGGCUUGUCGACACGGUCCCGGCCUCGUCCGGCGUUCUUGUGCGGGAGCGUUUGGCCGAGCAAGGGACUCAGGGCGAGGGUGGCCUGCGCUCGAGUAGUGAAGCGUUGACGUUGUGCCGGGGCCGGAAACGCCGCUGCCCGUUGUCUUUGCAGAGCCGGCCUUUAUGUAUAUAUAACACGGUAGUAUUUAUUAAGCGGCAGGUGGGUUAUUUAAAUCGAACGGUUUUUGCGUUUCCAGACCCGGACGUGGCCGUUGCCUUUGUUGCUCCCUUCCUUGUUUUUGCGCUUCGGAACAAGAGAGAGACCCUGUGCAUGGCAUCCCCCUCCCCUCCCUGGUUUGAACGGGUAUCGGGGGCUCCGCCUCGAAAGAGCCCCUCUUUUCCUUUAUUUCCUGUCCCGGUCUCGGCUCUGGCGCCAACGUGGAACUCCUCCUCCUCCUCGCCGUUGUCGUCGUCGCAUUCAUAACGAUAACACUCUCUUCGGUGUUCUGACUAUUCAGUCUCUGACUAUUAGUUGUAGAAACAAGUGCUUCACCCCCUCUUUCCCCCCUUUGUUCCCCUUAUGCUCCAGGAUGCCUUUCCCGCUUCCUCACCUUCAGAAAGGUGUGUUCUCUCCAAAUAAGUCAGUCAGCCAACCUUAUUUCUAUCCGUCCCGCCCCGUCACCCCCAUAAAAGGACUCACAACACAAAAGGCCCUCAAAACACAAUAAUAUUUUUACAUCAUAAUAUUUAUGAAAACAUUUGUUAUGCAGCAAGAAGCAUGAUACUCAAUAUUCAGUACAAUUCUACAAUACAUUUUCGCAUCCACUUUUUUGCAAAACAAUACAAUAAUAAAUUAAGCCAAACCCAUAACAUUCAAUAUUCAGGACAAUUCUACAAUACAUUUUUGCAUCCACUUUUUUUUGCAAAACAAUACAAUAAUAAAUUAAGCCAAACCCAUAACAUUCAAUAUUCAGGACAAUUCUACAAUACAUUUUUGCAUCCACUUUUUUGCAAAACAAUACAAUAAUAAAUUAAGCAAAACUCAUAACAUUCAAUAUUCAGUACAAUUCUACACCACAUUUUUGCAUCCACAUUUUUGCAAAAAAAAUAAUAAUACAAUAAUAAAUUAAGCAAAACCCAUAACAUUCAGUAUCCAGUACAAUUCUACAAUGCAUUUUUGCAUCCACUUUUUUGCAAAGAAUACAAUAAUAUAUUAAGCAAACGUCAUUUGUUAUUCAGCAAAACCCAUAACAUUCAAUAUUCAGUACAAUUCUACAAUACCUUUUUGCAUCCACUUGUUUGCAAAAUAAUACAAUAAUAUAUUAAGCAAACAUCAUUUGUUAUACAGCGAAACCCAUAACAUUCAGUAUUCAGUACAAUUCUACAAUACCUUUUUGCAUCUACUCUUUUUGCAAAAAAAAUACAAUAAUAAAUUAAGCAAACACAGAGAAGUGAUGCAAAAUAUUCGACAAUAAGACACUCAGUAUUGGACAGCAAUAAUAACCAAAUAUCAAAGGCCAGCAGUGCGUUUUGCAUUGUGUCUCAAAGAGUCGAGAAAACGGUUGGCUUUUCAAGCCUGGCUACUUGAAGGAACACCAAACAGUUGUGAAGUUUGUUGUCGAAGGCUUUCAUGGGUUGCUGUGAGUUUUCCGGGCUGUCUGGCCAGGUUCCAGAAGCAUUCUGCCCUGAUGUUUGGCCCACAUCUAUGGCAAGCAUCCUGAGGUUGUGAGGUCUGUUGGAAAUGAGGCAAGUGGGGAUAUAUAUCUGUGGAAGGUCCACAGAACUCUUGUCUGUUGGAGGCAAGUGUGGAUGCUGCAGUUGGCCACCUUGAUUAGCACUGAAUGGCCUAAGUUUAAAUAAUAAAUAAAUAAAUAAAUAAAAUAGAUGUGGGCGAAACGUCAGGAGAGGAUGCUACUACUAAAACAUGGCCAGACAGCCCGGAAAACUCACAGCAACCCAGCCUUGAGGUUAUUAGGAAGGAGAAGGAGGCUGGGCCCGUAUUGAAUGAUGCCGAAGACGGGUGGGUGGCCUUUUCGACUUUGGUGUUUUGGCUUUGAGAUUAUUCUCAUGUGCCGGUGAUGAAAAAGGUCAUGACUUAAGGACGUGAAGUGCCUUUGCUUUUGUACAUAAGUGGAGAUGGUGGUGAAUAGCCUCGCUCUCGGUCACGAUUUUUGGAUUGACAUAAGGUCUCUUAUAUCGCAAUCCUGGCUUGAGGGCCCGUCGGUGCCCAGGUGAUUUGAAAAAGGCAUUGUCGCUUUGAGAUGUUAGGUGAUAUCACUUACGUUUGGUUAUUUGUUUUGAAAAUCAAACCAUAAACCAUUAGGGUUGUUGUACGUCUUUCGGGCUGUGUGGCCAUGUUCCAGAAGCAUUCUCUCCUGACGUUUCGCCCACAUCUAUGGCAGGCAACCUCAGAAGUUUGUUUAUUUAUUUAUUUAUUUAUUUACAGUAUUUGUAUCCCGCCCUUCUUUCUCACCCUGAAGGGGACUCAGGGCAGAUUACAAUGAACACAUAUAUGGCAAACAUUCAAUGCCAACAGACAAACAACAUAUAUAGACAGACACAGAGGCAUUUAACAUUUUUUUCCAGCUUCACGAUUCCGGCCACAGGGGGAGCUGUUGCUUCACUGUCCACUAGUGGCUGUACUUCCUCAUUCCUUUCCUCGUGUUUUGCUGGCAGUUUUAUGAUGUUGUAAAUUAGUUAAAUUAGCCUCCCCGCAUAAAGCGUACCUAAAUUUCCCUACUUGACAGAUGCAAGUGUCUUUUGGGGCUGCAUAGGUCAACAGCAAGCCGGGCUAUUUAAUGGUCGGGGGCUUAACCUGACCCGGGCUUACGAACUCAUGACCACUCGGUCAGUAGUGAUUUAUUGCAGCUGGUUACUAGCCAAAUGCGCCACAGCCCGGCCCUUUGCUGGAUGUUGGAUAUUAUAUGUUGGAUAAUAAGUAGGCAUUAAGGAAAAGCCUAUUAAACAUCAAAUUAAGUUAUGAUUUUACAAAUGAAGCACCAAAACAUCAUGUUAUACAACCAAUUUGACAGAAAAAGUAGUUCAAUACGCAGUAAUGCUAUGUAGUAAUUACUAUAUUUACGAAUUUAGCACCAAAAUAUCACGAUGCAUUGAAAACAUUGACUACAAAAAUGCAUUGGAUAAUCCAGAACGUUGGAUAAGCAAGUGCUGGAUAAGUGAGACUCUACUGUAUUUACCUUCCUCGCCUAGUCUCUCCAUGUCUCACAACCUCUGAGGAUGCCUGCCAUAGAUGUGGGCAAAACGUCAGGAGAGAAUGCUUCUGGAACGUGGCCGUACAGCCCGGAAAACAUACAACAACCCUGUGAUCCCGGCCAUGAAAGCCUUCGACAACACAUAAACCAUUAGCUCUGCGUUGACUCAUUUGUAUGUUUCUACCAGGACGUGCUCGAUGUUAUUGCACGGGUUUGGUGGUGACGGUGGUGGAGCAUUGGUUCGCACAUCGUACAUUUGAUGCGCCUGUUUAAGUCUCACUUCUGUCGCGGCGACGUGGGCUCAGCAAAGAGUUUUGCUUUGGGGAUGGCUCCGUGGUUUCCUCCCACGCUGGCGAAUUUGCAAGGCUUUGUCUUGUGUUUGUUGUGCCAAGCCAAUGGCAGGGAACUCAAAGCUGUUGCCGUGUUUACAAAACACGGCCUGCUUUGCCAGACGCUUUCCCAGACGUUUGCUUUGCAGGCGCAGCAAUAGAAGUACAGUAGAGUCUCACUUAUCCAACAUAAAUGGGCCGGCAGAAUGUUGGAUAAGCAAAUAUGUUGGAUAAUAAGGAGGCAUUAAGGAAAAGCCUAUUACACAUCAAAUGAGGUUAUGAUUUUACAAAUUAAGCACCAAGACAGCAUGUUAUACAACAAAUUUGGCAGAAAAAUGUAGUUCAAUACGCAGUAAUGCUAUGUAAUAAUAAUAAUAAUAAUAAUAAUAAUAAUAAUAAUAAUAAUAAUAAUAAUAAUAAUAAUACAACGUCGUUGUGUUGAUAAUAAGUUUAUUUAUAUCCGCCUCCAUCUCUCCCGAAGGAGAUUUGCUUACAGCAAAAUCAAAAUACAGGCAAUGAUAAAAUAUGAAACAUCAAAGGAGAACAACAAAACCCAAUAAUAAAAUAUACACAAUAGGCGAAAAAACACAAUGCGGAAUUAAAACAUCAAAUUAAAAACAAUGAGGUUGCAAUAGUGGAUAAGCAAAGGUGCACAUUAUGAGCAACAAAUUCGUAAAUAGAUAAAGUGCAUUAGUAAUUACUGUAUUUACGAAUCUAGCACCAAAAUAUCACGAUGUAUUGAAAACAUUGACUACAAAAAUGGGUUGGAUAAUCCAGAACGUUGGAUAAGCGAGUGUUGGAUAAGUGAGACUCUACUGUACAUAACUCGAACACUACUUACCUUGUACUAUUAUUAUAUACCAUACUUUUCCUUUUUGUUGUGUCUUUCCUUGUAGCCAUGGCUUUCCAUCCCUUAAAUUACAUUUAAAUUAAAACCACGUGGUCUGGAGAGAACACACGCAUUCACUAUUUCCAUUUGGAAUCAAUUCAGAAAUAUCUGACGGAUGCGCCACUCGUCAACGAUGCGUCUAUCAGUGUCGUCAAGGCAAAAGUAUUUGGGGAGCUUUUGUAUCUAAACCUUCAAGCGAUGCUGACUUUUUUUUAAUUACAGUAGAGUCCCACUUAUCCAACAUAAACGGGGCGGCAGAGCGUUGGAUAACCGAAUAUGUUGGAUAAUAAGGAGAGAUUUAGAAAAAGCCUAUUAAACACCAAAUAGGUUAUAAUUUUACAAAUGAAGCAUCAAAACAUCAUGUUAUACAACAAAUUUGACAGAAAAAGCAGUUCAAUACGCAGUAAUGCUAUGUUGUAAUUACUGUAUUUACAAAUUUAGCACCAAAAUAUCACGAUAUAUUGAAAACAUUGACUACAAAAUGCGUUGGAUAAUCCAGAUAAUCCAGAAUGUUGGAUAAGUGAGACUCUACUGUAUUAUUAUUACUGUUUGGUUAAAUUAAGUCCUUUCGGCAAAGAUGUUUGAAUGUGUCUUACAUAUAUAUAUAUAUAAAAGAUGCCUCUUGAAUUUAUAUGUAAUGGUUAACUUUUAUCUGUGAUUGGUAAACAAACAAACGAAACACCGGAUCCCGUUCUGACGUGAUCAGAAUCGAGCUGCGACAGGGAAAAGCGUUUUUAAAUUCCCAGCAGUCGGGUUUGCUUUACAUCGUUUCGUACAAAUUUUCAAUGACGGUGACUUUGUACAUUGGGAUAUUGCAGUAUUUUAUUUCCAUAGACUUUGGGGGGGGGGGGGGAAUGAGAAAAAUUAUUAAUAAUAAUAAUGAUAAUUAUGAUGAUGAUGAUAAUAAUAUUAAUGGCGACACCCAACCAAGUGACAUUUCUUCCCAGGAGGAUGACUAUGGCGAGGUUUCCUGGGCGGGAGUGUGAUACGAUUGUCAUGACAAUGUCAUGGGAUAGAAUUUCUUCAUUCACGAAUUGCUAGCGAUUGUGUGUAUACUUCAUUUCUCCCAGGCUUCCGUUCCUCAGGGAGGCCGCCGGGAAUCAUAAGGGUGGCCGUCGAUCCGUUUAAGGCAAAGGAAGGCAGGCAGGCGGAACGCGGCUCGGAUUCAGUCCGGAUCUCGAUGUUUGGGCCGAUUCGUAAUCUGCACAAAACUUGACCAAUGCCCCGUUCCUGGUUUGGAAAUGUCAUUUCCUUUUUCAUUGUCUGGCCCUUACUCUGAAAGUAUUCCCUCGCUUUUUGCAGAUUCACAGUUUCGCGUUUUUUUUAAUAAACACUAAAAUCUAUCUAUAUAUAUAAAAGAGUGAUGGCAUCACGGCGACGCACAAAACAACAAAACUACAGGCCCCCCAACCUCGAAAUUUGACAACACAACCCAUCAUCCACGCCUCAGGGUUGAUACAACAAAAAGAAAAGAAAAAUAAAGUCCUAAUUAGAGGGAAAGGAAUAAUUGCUUUUAUCCAAUUGCUGCCAGUUAGAAGGCUAAGCUCCUCCAACUUAGUCUCCUAGCAACCCAAUAAAAAAUAAUAAAAAACACUAAAAAAUUGAUACAAUAAAAUACGAUAAUAACAGAAAAUAACUAAAAAUAAUACAAGAAAAUAAUAAAAUAUAUAUAUAAAAGAGUGAUGGCAUCAUGGCGAUCCACAAAACAACAAAACUACAGGUCCCCCAACCUUGAAAUUUGACAACACAACCCAUCAUCCACGCCUCUAGGUUGAUACAACAAAAAGAAAAGAAAAAUAAAGUCCUAAUUAGAGGGAGAGGAAUAAUUGCUUUUAUCCAAUUGCUGCCAGUUCGAAGGCUAAGCUCCUCCAACUUGGUCUCCUAGCAACCCAAUAAAAAAUAAUAAAAAACACUAAAAAAUUGAUACAAUAAAAUACUAUAAUAACAGAAAAUAACUAAAAAUAAUACAAGAAAAUAAUAAAAUAUAAUAAAUAAAAAUAUAUCUUACAAUAAAAUUAAUAAAAAAUGCAAAUAAAAUUUACACAACAAUUUUUAACCAAUACCACCACCACUUUGCCACAGCAACACGUGGCCGGGCACAGCUAGUAUAUAUAAAAAAAUGUAAUGUGUGUUUGUAGGAUCGAGUAAACAACAAAACCAUUGAACCCAAUCACACCAAAUUUGGCCACAAUAUACCAACACGUCCAAGGUAUGUCCUUCACCCAAACAGAUUGGCCUAGGUAUAACACAGCCUGGCACUGAAGCUGCAAGGCUAUUUAGUGCAAUUUAACUAGACCAACAAAGGAUUAACUUUGGAUAAGUGAGACUCUACUGUAUAUUGAAAACUUUGACUGCAAUAAUGGCUUGGAUAAUCCAGAACGUUGGAUAAGCAAGUCUUGGAUAAGUGAGACUCUACUGUAUGUACCUCUAAUGCGCUUGGGGAGAUAGAGCAGAAUAUAAAUAAAGUAUUAUUAUUAUUAUUUUAUUAUGACACAGCAAACAAGAUAGACAUGCUGGAUUUCAUAUCACAAAAUCACAAGUUGAACACUUCCCAAGUGUCUAGGACUGUGUGAUAUUAUUAUUAUUAUUAUUUUAUUAUGACACAGCAAACAAGAUAGAUUUGCUGGAUUUCAUAUCACAAAAUCACAAGUCGAACACUUCCCAAGUGUCUAGGACUGUGUGAUGUAUUUUCGGAUGAUGCGUGCAGAUCCCAGUCGGGUGGCCUUUUGCAGUUGGCAGAUUGUAAUUUUGUCAAUGUCUAUUGUUUCUAAAUGCGGGCUGAGAUCUUUUGGCACGGCACCCAGUGUGCCCAUCACCACCGGGACCACCUGCACUGGUUUCUGCCAGAGUCUUUGCAGUUCAAUCUUGAGGUCCUGAGAGCGGCUGAGUUUUUCCUGUUGUUUUUCGUCAAUGCGACUGUCACCUGGGAUGGCAACAUCAAUGAUCCAAACCUUUUUCUAUUAUUCUAAUAACAAUAAUAAUAGUAACUGCAAAAGGCCACCCUGCUGGGAUCUGCAGCAUCAUCCGAGAAUACAUCACACAGUCCUAGACACUUGGGAAGUGUUCGACUUGUGAUUUUGUGAUACGAAAUCCAUGAAAGCCUUCGACAACACAUAUCUAUCUUGUUUGCUGUGUCAUAAUAAAAUAAUAAUAAUAAUAAUAAUAAUAAUAAUAAUAAUAAUAAUAAUAAUAAUAUCAGGGUAAGAACUUCCUUCCAGUUUAGAUGACACGUUAGCCAUGAUCAAAGGCUUGAAUAAUGGAACCAAUGAGGAAAUGACAUUGAUAACCCAGGAAGGGCAAUCCUCGUGUGGCGCAUAGUGUUCCCAUGUGCAGAAAGGAGGCUUUUCCCCAUGCGCUCCCAUUUCCCGCAGCGUCCCAAACAUUCCCGCCUGGGUCGGAUCUCAUCAUUGUGGCCGUGGUUCUUAUCGUCACCCGCGCGCAUGGUCUCCCAUUGCAGAGCAUUGUUACGACCUUCCGCCUCUUUCCGAGUCAACCGUCUUGCCUCCGAUCCAAAGUUUAUCGUGCAUUUUUUCUAACCCUUUUAGAUGUCACAAAAAUCGGUUUGCAUUUUUUAAAAUAUUUUUAUUUUCUUAUCUUUUCUGUGAACGGCUUUGGCAACACAAUCUCAAGUUAUAGUGUGUGUGUAUGUAUGUAUGUAUGUAUGUAUGUACAGUAGAGCCUUGCUUAUCCAACAUAAACGGGAUGGCAGAAUGUUGGAUAAGCGAAUAUGUUGGAUAAUAAGGAGAGAUUAAGGAAAAAGCUGUAAAUGCUGUAAAUAAAGCCUAUUAAACAUUAAAUUAGGUUAUGAUUUUACAAAUGAAGCACCAAAACAUCAUGUUAUACAACAAAUUUGGCAGAAAAAGUAGUUCAAUAUGAAAUAAUGCUAUGUAGUAAUUACUGUAUUUACAAAUUUAGCACCAAAAUAUCACGAUGUAUUUAAAACAUUGACUACAAAAAUGCGUUGGAUAAUCCAGAAUGUUGGAUAAGUGAGACUCUACCGUGUGUGUGUAUAUAUAUAUACACAUACAUACAUACACAUACAUAUAUGUAUAUGUCUAUAACCAAGUUCAGGUUAGUUUCUAUUGUUUUCUUUCUUUCCUUUUUUGAGAUGUGAAACUCUUUGACUGAGAUUUUUUUUAUGGAUUUCAUUUUGUGCGGGUUUUUUUUCUAAUGUUGAAAUAUUUAAGACAAAAAUAUGUAAUAUUUGGACCAGAUGUUGUGAAUAAUAGUAGAUUUUAAACAAAGCUAUUUUAUUCUGUAUUUUUAAAAAAGCUGUUCGGUAUAAAUAAAAGGUGACAUAGAUGCAA